ACUGGCCGGCCGCGCCCGGAGCUGGGCUGCGGAGGAGGCAGGCCCUGGGAUGGCGCUGUCUGUGGCAGGGUUCCUCAGCUUCCUCCUCUUGCCAGCCACCUUGUCAUUGAAUCCAGAGGACCCUAAUGUGUGCAGCCACUGGGAGAGUUAUGCAGUGACUGUGCAGGAGUCCUACGCACACCCCUUCGACCAGAUCUACUACACACGGUGCACAGACAUCCUCAACUGGUUCAAGUGCACCCGCCACCGGAUCAGUUAUAAAACGGCAUAUCGGCGUGGCCUCCGAACCAUGUACCGGCGGAGGUCCCAGUGCUGCCCAGGCUACUACGAGAAUGGAGAUUUCUGCAUCCCCCUAUGUACGGAGGAGUGCGUGCACGGACGCUGUGUCUCUCCGGACACCUGCCACUGUGAGCCUGGCUGGGGAGGGCCUGACUGCUCCAGUGGCUGUGACAGCGACCACUGGGGCCCACAUUGCAGCAACCGCUGCCAGUGCCAGAACGGCGCCCUGUGCAACCCGAUCACCGGUGCCUGCGUGUGCGCCCCGGGCUUCCGUGGUUGGCGCUGCGAAGAUCUCUGCGCACCUGGCACCCACGGCAAGGGCUGCCAGCUGCCGUGCCAGUGCCGUCAUGGUGCCAGCUGCGACCCCCGCACGGGCGAGUGCCUUUGUGCACCUGGCUAUACUGGAGUCUACUGUGAAGAACUGUGUCCGCCUGGGAGCCAUGGGGCUCACUGUGAGCUGCGCUGUCCUUGCCAGAACGGGGGCACCUGUCAUCACAUCACGGGUGAAUGUGCCUGCCCCCCAGGCUGGAUGGGAGCUGUGUGUGCCCAGCCCUGUCCACCAGGGACAUUCGGCCAGAACUGCAGCCAGGGCUGUCCCUGUCACCAUGGAGGACAGUGUGACCAUGUGAGCGGGAGGUGCCACUGCACAGCGGGCUACAUGGGAGACAGGUGCCAAGAGGAAUGCCCAGUUGGGACCUUCGGCUUCCAGUGCUCUCAGAGCUGUGACUGCCACAAUGGAGGACAGUGUUCGCCCAGCACUGGCGCCUGUGAGUGUGAGCUCGGCUACAAGGGCCCCAGCUGCCAGGAGCGCCUGUGUCCUGAGGGCCUGCAUGGCCCUGGCUGCAGCCUGCCAUGCCCCUGCGACGCCAACAAUACGGUCAGCUGCCACCCAGUUACUGGAGCCUGCACAUGCCAGCCAGGCUGGUCGGGCCCCCAUUGCAAUGAGUCUUGUCCUGCUGGCUUCUAUGGGGAUGGCUGCCAACUGCCCUGCGCGUGCCAGAACGGUGCCGACUGUCACAGCAUAACUGGCAGCUGCACCUGCGCCCCAGGCUUCAUGGGCGAGAUCUGUGCCGUGCCCUGUGCCACAGGCACCUAUGGCCCCAACUGCUCGUCCAUCUGCAGCUGUAGCAACAGUGGCACAUGCUCCCCCGUGGACGGCUUCUGCACCUGCAAGGAAGGGUGGCAAGGUCCGGACUGUGCUCUACCCUGCCCCAGUGGCACAUGGGGUCUGAGUUGCAACCGGAGCUGUGCCUGUGCCAACGGAGCAGCCUGCAGCCCCACAGAUGGCACCUGUGCUUGCUCUCCAGGCUGGCUAGGUGACACAUGUGAGCAGCCCUGCCCGGAUGGCACCUUCGGGCUGAACUGCAGUGAGCACUGUGAUUGCAGCCACGCAGACGGCUGCGACCCCGUCACAGGUCACUGCUGCUGUCUGGCCGGGUGGACAGGCAUCCGUUGUGACAGCACAUGUCCACCAGGCCGCUGGGGCCCCAACUGCUCUGCGGCCUGCAGCUGUGAGAAUGGAGGGUCCUGCUCCCCUGCAGAUGGCAGCUGCGAGUGUGCCCCAGGCUUUCGAGGCCCCUUAUGCCAGAGAAUUUGUCCCCCGGGGUUCUAUGGCCAUGGCUGUGCCCAGCCAUGCCCCCCAUGCGUGCACAGCAGUGGCCCCUGCCAUCACAUCAGCGGUGCCUGUGAGUGUCUGCCUGGUUUCUCCGGAGCACUCUGCAACCAAGUGUGUGCCGGGGGACGCUUCGGGCAGGACUGUGCCCAGCUCUGCUCCUGCGCCAACAACAGUACCUGCAGCCCCACCGACGGGUCCUGCCAGUGCUAUCCUGGAUGGGUGGGCACGGACUGCUCGCAGGCCUGCCCUCCGGGGUUCUGGGGCCCUGCCUGCUUCCACACCUGUAGUUGCCAGCACGGUGCGGGCUGCAGCGCGGAGGAUGGGGCGUGCCACUGCACCCCAGGAUGGACCGGUCUCUUCUGCUCUCAGCGCUGCCCGGCCGCCUUCUUCGGGAAGGACUGCGCCCGCCUGUGCCAGUGCCAAAACGGAGCCAGCUGCGACCACAUCAGUGGCGAGUGCACCUGCCGCACCGGCUUCACUGGGCCCCACUGCGAGCAGAGGUGUGCACCGGGCACCUUCGGUUAUGGCUGUCAGCAGCUCUGUGAGUGUAUGAACAACGCCACGUGUGACCACGUCACGGGCACCUGCUACUGCAGAUCGGGGUUCAAAGGCAUCAGGUGUGACCAAGCUGCCCUCAUGAUGGAGGAGCUGAACCCCUACACCAAGAUCAGCCCUGCGAGGGGAGCAGGGCGACACUCAGUGGGCGCCGCAACGGGCAUCAUUCUCCUGCUGACCCUCAUGGUCCUGCUGUUUGGGCUGUUUGCCUGGCGGCGGCGGCGACAGCAACAAAAAGGCCGGGACCUGGCUCCACGGGUCUCCUACACCCCUGCCCUGAGGAUGACCAACACUGACUACUCCCUCUCAGAUUUGUCUCAAAGUAGCAGCCAUGCCCAGUGCUUGUCCAUUUCCAGCUACCACACACUGGCGUGCGGGGGGCCUGCUACCGGCCAGGCCAACACUCUGGACAGAAACAGCCCCACCAAGCUCAGUACCAAGUCCCUUGACCGAGACACGGCAGGCUGGACCCCCUACAGCUAUGUGAACGUGUUAGACUCCCAUUUCCAGAUCAGUGCCCUGGAGGCCAGGUACCCGCCCGGAGACUUCUACAUUGAACUUAGACACCCCAGCAGCCCCGCUGAGCCACCCUCACCAGGAACUUGUGGAAUGGACAGACGUCAGAACACAUACAUCAUGGACAAAGACUUCAAAGAUUACAUGAAAGAAUCCGUGUGCAGUUCUAGCACUUGUUCCUUGAAUAGCAGUGAAAACACUUACGCCACAAUUAAGGACCCACCCAUCCUCACUUGCAAGCUUCCAGAAAGCAGCUAUGUAGAAAUGAAGUCGCCCGUGCAUGUGGGGCCUCCGUACACAGAUGUGCUGUCCCUGUCGCCAUCUAAUAAAAAUAUAUAUGAAGUUGAACCCACAGUCAGUGUGGUCCAAGAAGGCUGCGGCCCUAACUCCAGCCAUAUCCAGAAUCCAUACGACCUACCUAGGAACAGCCAUAUUCCUGGUCAUUAUGACCUUCUCCCAGUAAGACAAAGCCCUGCCAAUGGGCCCUCCCAGGACAAGCAGACUUAGUGGAUGAUCCUCUUUUGCAAUGUGCUCCGUCGAAUAUUCUGACUCUGAAAGAAGACAAUCCCUUGACUUGAAAUAUUAAUACAGACUGACUACA